CAUUGGUUACUGGCCAACUUUCGUCAAGGAACUCAGGAAAGUGUUUUGAUUCGAGAGAGGAGUUGAGUUUUGGACAGUGUCUACACAGUGUGACACUGUUUUCUAUAUAAUCGGAAGUAAAUAAAAUACUAUAUUUACAGUUGUAUUCUGUAAAAAUGGUCGGGGUAAAAGUAAUCGGGAAUGAUUCAGAAUUUCAACCUGAGUUAACAGCCGCCGGUUCGAGACUUGCCGUAGUGAAGUUCACAAUGGCAGGGUGUCGACCCUGUGUCAGAAUAUCCCCUGCUUUCAACAUGUUGAGUAACAAGUACCCACACGUGGUUUUCCUUGAAGUCGAUGUACACGUCUGUCAGGCAACGGCUGCCGCCAACAACAUCUCUGCCACGCCGACGUUUUUGUUUUUCCGUAACAAAGUGCGCGUCGACCUCUAUCAGGGUGCCGAUGCCUCAGGACUAGAGGAGAAGAUCAAGCAGCAUGUAGAAAACGACCCUGGAAGCAACGAGGACUCGGACAUUCCCAAGGGAUAUAUGGACCUGAUGCCGUUUGUGAACAAAGCUGGCUGCGAGUGCCUAAACGAGAGCGACGAGAGCGGCUUUGACAACUGCUUAGUCAAGGACACCACCUACCUGGAGUCUGACUGCGAUGAGCAGCUCCUCGUUACGAUGGCCUUUAACCAACCUGUCAAGCUGUACUCCAUGAAGCUGCAGACCUCUGACUUCGCCCAGGCUCCAAAGUGUGUGAAGAUCUUCAUUAACCUUCCUCGCUCCAUGGACUUUGACGAUGCCGAGCGGAGCGAGGCCACCCAGACCCUGGACCUGGCCGAGGAGGACUUCAAGGACGACGGGUUGAUUCCGCUGAGAUACGUCAAGUUCCAGAACGUUCAGAGCGUCACCAUGUUUGUGAAGAACAAUCAAGGGGAUGAAGAGACGACUAAAAUCAAUUACCUUACUUUUAUCGGGACCCCUGUACAAGCAACGAACAUGAACGACUUCAAACGGGUUGUGGGCAAGAAAGGAGAGAGUCACUGAGGCGGCGGAGAGGAGAAGAAUGGCCAUAUUGCUGUGGUGAUCGCUGUCUGUCUGCCAAGUCUGCUGGCUGGGUCCGGCUCAGAGUCAGCUCUACUGUAAUACAGCACUGACCAACAACCAUGUGUCCCAAAUGGCAACAUAUUCCCUUUCAUAGUGCACUGCUUUUGGACCCUUUUUUUUAUAGUACAAUACUUGUUUUGGACCUGGUAUCCCAUCCUGAAGUUAGGGCUUUGAUUCGGGAUCCAAAGACAUGUCUGAGGUCUAAAGUAGUGCACUAUAUAGGGAAAUAGGGUGCCGUUUUGGAUGUGAAGUCUAUGAGCUGUAGUCCAUGUCCGCCAGUGAAAUCACCAAGAUGAGGCAUCUCAAACAAUUCAUUCAAGCAUUUUUAUUGUAAUUCAGACAAACACUGUAAAUAAAAACACAAACAAAAAGGCA